AUGUCUACUUUCGACAACGCCGGUGUCUAUCUGCAAAACGCCUCCUCCGCAUCGUCCACGCUUCCACACGAUCUAUCCAAUAUGUCGAUCGCUCACAAAUCUCCGCCCGUCUCACACAAUGCGUCUCGGCCGUUCGACUACCGCACCACGUAUGCACCUGUCGCCGCUCCUUCGGCUGUAUCCGCCGUCGCUGGCGAUGCUCAAUCGCAUCGGCCACCUUCGAAAUCGCAUUCGAUAUCUUCGGUGGAUUCGCUGGCAUCUGUUUCGUCGAACGCUCCAUCGACACCGACGCACGACGUCGACGAUGUCUGCUUCGACAUGGCACCCAUUCCCAAACCUGUUCGCAACUCUUCCGAUGCCUAUCACGAUCAAAUUGGUAAACGACCACCAUCGGGACCCUUGCAUGCCGACGCCGCUCCCGCACCGACACCGGCUACGACCAAAACAAACACGCACGCGGCCGCUGCGGUCGCGCCUGCCGCUGCUCCCUCUGAAUCGAUGCUGCGUAACGAAAAACACAAAAACGCCAUCAGCUUCCGCGUAGGCAACAAAUACAAGGUGUGCGAGAUCAUCGGUGAAGGCGCCUACGGUGUCGUCUGCAGCGCUAUCCACCGCGCAACGGGCCAAAAGGUGGCCAUCAAGAAGAUCCAGCCGUUCGAGCAUCAGAUGUUUGCAUUGCGAACGUUGCGAGAGCUCAAGCUGCUGCGCUUUUUUCAGGAGUGUGAUGUCUCGGAGAACAUCAUCAGCAUCCUCGACAUCAUCAAGCCCAGCACGUACGAAGCGUUCACCGAGGUAUACUUGGUGCAGGAGCUCAUGGAGACCGAUCUGCAUCGCGUCAUCCGCACACAGGAGCUAUCCGACGAUCACUGCCAGUACUUCACCUAUCAGACGCUGCGCGCACUCAAGCCCAUGCACUGCGCUGAUGUGAUUCACCGCGAUCUAAAGCCGAGCAACGUACUACUCAACGCCAACUGCGAUCUCAAGGUGUGCGACUUUGGACUCGCCCGUUCCGUGCUCACCGCGGACCAGGACACGGGAUUCAUGACCGAGUAUGUCGCCACACGAUGGUACCGUGCUCCCGAGAUCAUGCUCACCUUCAAGCAGUACACCAAAGCCAUCGACGUCUGGGCAGUCGGAUGCAUCCUGGCCGAAAUGCACACCGGUCGACCGCUCUUUCCCGGCAGAGACUAUCACCAGCAGCUCUCCCUCAUCCUCGAUGUGCUUGGAACGCCGACUCUCGAAGAGUUCCAGAACAUCAACAGCCGUCGCUCGCGCGACUACAUUCGAACCAUGCCUUUGCGUAAACGUCGCGAUUUCCGAACGCUCUUCCCGAAGGCUUCACCGGAAGCCAUCGACUUUCUGCAGAAGACGUUGACGUUCGACCCGCGCAACCGUCUGACGGUGGAGGAGUGUCUUCAGCACCCCUACCUCUCGGCAUACCACGAUCCGGAUGACGAGCCCGGCGCACCGCGUCUCGACCCAGACUUUUUCUACUUUGACAUGCAAAAGGAGAGCAUCACCAAGGAGGAUCUGCGCAAGGAGCUUUGGUACCAAGUGCAGGAGUUCCAGCCUCUUCUCCGUUGA